AUGUCUUUAGAUUUGACGGAAUUAAUUCUAGGAGAUGGGUUGUCCAGAGCAAGAAGUAUGUCCGAUCAGCCAACGUCUUGUCCACUAUGCGGAGCGAUAUUGCGUCAGUCACGAAAUUUGAGAAGGCAUUUAGAGCUCCUGCACUUCGGACUCGGUAGCAAUAAUAAGCCCGGUGUCCAUAUGAGACACCGAAGAACCGAUAGAAAUAACGAUCUCGUACGAUCGACACUUGCAUCGAUUUGUCAACCGCAUAUGACCAAGACGGAUCAUUCAAGAGCUCCGGGGAGCGCCGAUUUUUCCACAUUAACGUCCUUAUCCAUUGCUUCGACUGUCAGUUCCAGUGCAUCAAACGUCAGCCUUGCAGGAAGUUUGAUGGGACCAAACGUACUGGGAACUGCUGAUCAAAGCACAAACUCUGCCCUGGUCGCUGCGUCAAGUUCGUGUACCGCUUCCAUCGCCUCUGCCAAUAAUGGAGCCUACGCGUCGGAUGGUAGUGCCAGUAUGUUAAGUUGUUUGUUACCCACGCUACCAUCUUUGCCUUCUCUGUCCUCUUCACACGACAUGUUCCGCCAUGGUGAACUAUUACGGGCCGGUAUCGCUUAUCAUGACUCUUCAAGGCACCACACCAAGCAAUCACAUCGUACCGACGUUAUUUAA